AUGGCGAACGAUUCGGAUAUGAGCGGGUGGACGGAUCUUUUGCACUCCUCCUCGAAGCUUAUCGAUCAAGCCGCCCCUUCGGCUCAAUUCCCGCCGCUUCAGAGGAAUUUGGACCAGUUGGAGGCUCUGUCGAAGAAGCUUAAAGCGAAAACCCUGCGAACUGAAGCUCCUUCUCAAUCUAUUGCGGCUACUAGGCUAUUAGCACGAGAAGGGUUGAAUGCUGAGCAACUUGCUCGCGAUCUCAAGUCCUUUGAAUUGAAGACAACAUUCGAAGAUGUUUUUCCUGCUGAAGCAACGACGGUCGAGGAGUAUCUUCAACAGGUUCAUGAAAUGGCAAUGCUCUCAGCAGUGCAGGAAGCUCAGAAGGAUAAUCUUAGAAGUUUCAAUAAUUAUAUGAUGUCUGUUUUGGAGGAGGAUUGGCAUAGGGAAAAAAAGGAUUUUCUUCAGAGCAUGAGCCGAAUUUCAACACUACCUAGAACUAAUAUUCACGAUUCUACCAGUGGGGUGAGUCGCCAGGGUCAAAUUGUGCCAAGGACUUCAACUCCUGAGGUUUCAUCUGGUCCAUCUGGUAUGGAGUCUGCUCUUGUGGCUAAUAAACCUGUGAUUGAGAAGAAGGCGGCUGCAUAUGCUGAAGUUGUGAAAAGUCUUAACAGUGCAAGACAGCAUGGCUAUGAGUUCAAACCAGCUGCGGCUUUCAGAAACGCGUACGAAAGUUUGAAACUUGAUUCUUCGGGUACAAAAUCCGUUAGCAUGAUGAAAAUAUGGCACCUGAUUAUGUCAUUAAUGGGUGAGGACCCGAGUGUGAGUGCGCCACGGAAUAUCUCAAAAAGAAUGUCCUUAGUAAUGGGGGCCCGGCGUCAUCUGGAAUGGGGUCAUGAGAAGUAUGUGAUGGAUAUGAUUCAAAGUCAUCCUGCACAGGCUGCUCUUGGUGGGGCUGUUGGAAAUUUGCAGAGGAUACGUGCCUACCUCCGGAUGCGUUUAAGGGAUUAUGGAGUUCUUGAUUUUGAUGCAGGCGAUGUUCGCCGACAGCCUCCUAUCGAUACCACUUGGCAACAGAUAUAUUUUUGCCUGCGGACUGGAUACUAUGAUGAUGCUCUAGGAGUUGCCCGGACAUCUAGGGCCUCCCAGCAAUACAGUACUCUGCUGUCUGAGUGGAUAACCACUGGAGGCAUGGUAUCAACCGAGACUUCAGCUGCCGCCACAGAAGAAUGCGAGAAAAUACUUCGCAUGGUUGACCGGUUAGGCCGCCCUUCAUACGACAAGAAAAAAGUACUCCUCCAUGCCAUUAUAUCCGGUUCCAGGAGGUUAAUCGACCGAUUACUCAGAGAAUUACCCACAAUCUUCAAUACGAUCGAGGAUUUCCUAUGGUUCAUGCUGUCUGCCAUACGCGAGAGCCCAAGUGGGCCCCCUUCCUCGGUUGUGCUCAACAGCGGCGCAUCAUCCCCCUACAGCUUGGAAGAUUUGCAGGCAUACCUAAAUAAAUUCGAGCCGUCAUAUUACACAAAAAACGGAAAGGACCCUUUGGUCUACCCUUAUGUUUUGUUUCUAAGCAUUCAGCUGCUUCCAGCUGUUCUCCAUUUGUCAAAAGAUAUGGGAGACGAUGGGUAUGGUGUAGAUUCCGUGCAUAUAGCUAUCGUAUUGGCUGACUAUGGAGUCCUUCCGGAAGGUUCUGGACCUGAACAAAAGCUGGGGACAAUGGAUGCUUUGGCCGAGGCCUCCAGCAUAAUCAGGCAGUACGGGGCAGCCUAUUUACGGCACGGGGACUUGUUGAUGGCGCUCGAGUACUAUGUGCAGGCUGCAGCUGCUGCCGGUGGAGGGCUGCUGUCAUGGAUCGGGAGAGGUAGUGUGGAUCAGCAGAGGAGGAGGACUUUGAUGUUGAAACAGCUUCUGACGGAGAUUGUGUUACGUGAUGAUGGCAUUUACCUCUUGUUAGGGUCAAGGGGAACUGGGGAAGAGGGGCAGUUGGCGAAAUUUUUGACUGAUUGGAAGACGAGGCAUCAGUUUCUAGUCGAAGCUGCUCGGCAUUGUCAGGAUGCUGGUUUGUAUGAUAAGUCCAUAGAAAUUCAGAAAAGAAUUGGGGCAUUUUCGGCUGCACUGGACACAAUAAACAAGUGUCUGUCUGAAGCAAUUUGUUCGCUGUCACGAGGUAGGCUUGAUGGAGAAAGCAGGAUUGCUGGCCUCAUACACUCUGGAAAUGGGAUCUUAGAGACAUUCAAAUACUAUCCUGAAAUCAGUCCUCAAGAGAGAGCAAAUGUGAUGGAGCAACAAACUGUGCUGAGGCAGCUCGAGGCAAUCUUAGCCAUCCAUAGACUCGCUACUUACGGAAGCCAAUUGGAUGCACUGCGGGAGAUCGCUAGACUACCAUUCCUUCCGCUGGACCCUCGUGCACCGGAUAUAACCACCACAGAUGUGUUCAAUAAUUUAUCGCCACACGUUGAGUCGUGUGUCCCGAGCCUUCUCAAGGAUGCGCUUUUGUGCUUGGAUAACGUCACUGACACAGAUGGGUCUCUGCGGGCCCUGAGAGCAAAGAUUGCGAACUUCCUUGCCAACAACUUGAACAGGAACUGGCCGCGUGAUUUGUACGAGAAGGUUGCUCGAAGCUUUUCGCAGCCGCCAACUGAGGUACAGGUUGCGUCAAAAGGUGUACGAGAUCCGGCAGGCGACGGGUGUUCUAGCCGGAGGCUGGAGCUCGCCGCCCUCCUUACGAGCGGUUUCCGGAGCUUCAAAUCGCGGCGAUCGAGGCCCCCACAGUUGCAAAGUAAGUUAAAUCAAUGGAAACUGAAAGCCUUUGUGAAGGCAAGUUCGAUUCCGAUAGCAACUCCGAGGGCUUUGUUGAUGACACAGUGGAUGACGAAUCUUGCUUUGACUCUGAAACCAUACCCAGUUUACAAUUCAGAAGAGAUGGGAAUGGCUGAGUUGGUAGAGAAAAGAGGUAAAAUGUGGACCACAACUGGGAUAGUUCGCGAUGGAAAGACAUACUGUAUGAUUGAAGAAACAUUGUUUUUGGCAGAGAUUGGUGCAUUAGAUGUCGUGAACAGUGAAGACAAGCCCAUUUCUCUAAGCAGUUUAUAUGAAAAAAUAGCAGGGGACAUGAACAAGAACAGAUGCUCUUGGGAGUCUUUUGAAGCCUACCGGCACUUGAAGCUUCUAGGUUAUGUGGUGGGCCGCCAUGCUGUCCCUUGGUCUAUGAAGAAUGUAAAAUUACAAGAUGGGGCCCGAGAAAAUACAACGGAACUCAACGACCUUGGAGAUGUGGGAUUAUUAAACAACCAGGAUAUCACGGAGAUGUUUAAUAAGUUAAAUUUUGGUGAACCGGGACCGAUAUUUGACGUUUAUCCUCCUAAUAGCAAGUUUAGAAAAUCAUCUCCCGGAAAUCCAUCUUUCGUGCUCUGCCUUACAGGGGACCGUCCGCCAUCCAAACGAGAAAUCGAAGAACUUGAGGCACGUUGCAACGGAGUUCCCCUGAAGUUCUGUGUUGUUGAGCACGGACGGGCUGCUGGAAAUAGCUAA